AGAAUGGAUUCCUUUCCUGUGUUCAGCAACAUUUAUCUAUUGUUUGGGUGAGUGCCAAGCCUGGUCUGGUGACUCGUAGAGUUGAACCUCUCCCCUAGGAGAGCUAACAGAUUUGGCGAGCCAGCCAGGAAGCCAUGCCCACAAAGCAGCUGCCACUCCCAGUGGUUAACUCCUUAUAAGAGAGACAGAAAGGAUGGUCCCAAGCAGCUGCUAUAAUCAUUUUCAUUUAGGACUGGAAUAGACCGAUUUUUAAAAUAACAAAACAAAACUAAACAAAACAUCAUUUGGUGAAGCAGAGAAACAAAUUUUUGGAGUCCACGGACCAUUAGGAUGAGAAUCCUGAAAGCUCUCCUAGCUAGCCUUAUGGUUCUUUCCACCUUCGUGACUUCAAGCAAUGCACAGUGCUAUUUAAUAGAUAUGGAGAAUGCUCAAGAAUGCAAGGAUGCCGAUGGAGUCACACAUGUAUUGAACUCGAAAUGGAAAAAUGAGAAGUGUGAGGACUGUUUUUGCACUCAACGUGGAAUAAGCUGCUGUAGCUCAAUUUCUGUACCUGUUGGUUUUGACAACGACAAGUGUGAGAAAGUCUUCCACAAGUCGAGCUGCAGUUAUACUGUGGUGGAGAAGAAUAAUCCAGAAAAGCCCUGCCCUAUUGAAUCCUGGAUAGCAUAAUAUUCUUCCGAUGCUCCAAGCCUGAUGGGACCCAGGCCCUCCCAGACUAGGCCUCAUUCACCUAUGGUCUUUAAUAGCCUGUGAUUGUAUAGCCCUACCUAUCAAUAAAAAAAUAUUUUG